UCUUGCUUUGAGCAGGGGGUUGGACUAGAUGACCUCCUGAGGUCCCUUCCAACCCUGAUAUUCUAUGAUUCUAAGCUGGUCCCUGGUAUCAAAAAGGUUCAAAAACACUGAUUUAUGUAAUCAAUCAGGCCCAUCCCCCUUACUUCCAGCUAUCUAGAAGACCUCCCACAGUCCGUUGGCCCAUGUUCCUUUCUGUGCAUGCCCUCUGUACACUGAUACAAACAUGGAUAAAUAGCAUGGAAGGUGUGAGGGGAGACACAUUUGUGAUGGCAAGAAAGCUGCUGCACGGACACAAACUGAAUCCUGAAGAAGAGGUCUAUGUAUACUUGAAAGCUUGUGUCUCUCGCUAUCAGAAGUUGGUCCUCACCUACCUUGUCCUUUCUGUGCAACUGUUAAGUGAUUAAGGUGACUCGUGCCUGUCUCUGGGUCAUAGUAUGGACUAGGAAGGAACAUUUUCAAAAAGUGUCUGUGACUUAGGCCCUCACUAUGUUCAGUGAGUGUUGGGCUCUUAAGCACCUGCCAACCUCUGCACUUUACAGGGCCAAGAGCACUGUAGUGCAAAUUGCAUCCUUAACUCCAGACAUAUUUGUUUUAGUUUGAUUUUUUUCUUAAUCCAGCAGAGAUGGCCUUGGAGUAUGAAGGUAAAUGCAAAAGGAUUUACUUCAGAAUGCCGUGCUUCUGCCAGUCCUUAGCAUGUCACUACUAUACAACUAGCUAAUUUGGUAGCUUCAAGGGUUUUUAUAGUAAUGUGUUUAUUUCCAGCUCACUGUUCUGCAUAAGUAUAGUCAUUAACAUGUAUUGGCCACUCUGCACCACUGAUUGCACUUUCCUCAUUUUUAAUUUAAUAUUCCACUCCCCAAAAAUCCAAAGUGAAUUUGGUUGGGUACACACAAUGAGUGCCAACUUAGCAAUUUAAUAUUUUUGUCUUGGCUAUUAAAAAUUGAUGGCUUAACCCCAUUAGAGGGCAGCUCCAGUACCUUGUAUGUUUCCACACUUGUUAAUUGUGUUGAUGAUGAGCUUAGAUCUUGUUUUACAGAAUGUUUUCUUUUGUCUUUUUAUUCCUUCUCUUCCAGUUGAUGCUUUGGAUCCAGAGAAGUUAAUACAAUGUCCAUAUGAUAACUAUCAUCAAAUCAGGGUCUGUCGGUUUCCAUAUCAUCUUAUAAAGUGCAGGAAGAGCCACCCUGAAAUUGCAAAGCAGCUAGCCACAUGCCCUCAUCAGAUUCCCAGAGCUGAGAUCAGCCAUCAUAUAUCAAGCUGUGAUGACAAAAGCUGCAUUGAGGAAGACAUUGUUUCCGGCCACUGGGAGCUAGGUGGGACAAUACCUGUGGGCGAGAGCCAUGCGGAGCCACUUGCACGCGUCCGCCUAGGAGCCGGACCUGCUGCUGGCCACUUCCGGGGCGCAGCAUGCCCUGGGUCCAGCGUAGUAAUGGAACAAAAGAGUAACCUAAUGUCAGUCAUGAGAGCACCCAAGUCCUUGCCAUAUAGCCUAUCCUGGAAAGCAGAACUGGUAACUGAAGACCAGAGAAGAGGCUGCUAUUGAGUGCUCAUCAUCUGUUUCCUUUAGAAAUGUGAGGUGCUGGUUAGGAGACUCAGACUUAUAAAUUCCCUCUGUGUUGGCUAAGUACUCGCAGCCCUAACCUUCCUUCAGAACUGUCCUUCACAUAUCAGCUGCUGUCCCGAAAUUAUCCCGACCAAGGUAAUUAGGCAGAAUGCUGUUAACCCUUGAUAUCAGAAAUCAAACCCUCAAAAACUAACUCCACCCACGCUGAUGCCAAGGAACUAGCAGAGUUCAAACUGUCUGGAUCA